AAAAGUGAUGGCAUUUUCAUAAAUGAAGAAAAUAUUAGUUUUUAUUUAUUUUGCUUACAAGUUAUAACUUUUAUCAUCACAAAUAUUUUUAUAGUUUAACGAAUUUAUAAUUUUUAUGUAUUUUUCUAAAAACAUCUGUAAAAUGAAGAAAAGAGAAAUGUUAUCCUUAAAGUUCUUGUAUUCAAAUCCUUUGGGAAAGUUGUUAAUGAAUGACAAGAUAUCAAAAAACAGUUUAAUAAUUAGAGCUGAAAACGAGCCUAACCUGGACUCAGACCCCCAACGCUCACAAUAUGUUCGCUCGAUUCCGAAAGCCUUACUCUAUAAGGAUCUUCUACUCCAGGGAUAUCUCGUUUAUCCGAAAUUUCUUAAGAAGAUUGAGAACUUUGAGGUCAGAGCCGACGACUUAUGGUUGGCUACAUAUCCAAAGUCAGGCACCACUUGGACUGAAGAGAUUCUCUCUCUUAUUUACAAUAACGGAGACAUUGAUAGAGUAAAAGAUGUAUUACUCGCUCGACGUGUUGUGCACUUCGAAGUCGGACGACCUGUCGGUCAUUCGCGUUGGCUUAAGAAAUUAAAAACUCCUCGACUUCUGGCCACACAUUUGCCGGCGACACACAUCCCAACACAACUUAAGCACAGCAAAUGCAAGAUAAUUUAUGUGAUCCGUAAUCCGAAAGACAACGCCGUGUCGUACUUCCAUCACCACAGGAUGAGCACAUUCUUAGGCAACUAUAAGGGUUCGUGGGAUAACUUUGUGGACCUCUUCCUAAAAGGACAUUUAGUGCACGGAGACUGGUUUGAACACAUGAAAGGCUUCUGGCAUUUACGACAACUCUAUCCAAAUAGAGUUCUAUUUGUCUCAUACGAAGAAAUGAAAACUGAUUUACCGAAAAUGAUUGAAAUAAUAGCAAACUUUGCCGGACAUAAACUAACAAAGGAUACGAUCGACAGAAUUGCAAAGCACUGCACAUUCGAUGAGAUGAAGACCAAUAAUAUGGUGAAUCGGGAGAACCUUCCGAUCAAAGACCUCUUCGAUAUGAAUGCGACCGAUUAUUUGGUGCCAAACAAUGUCUGCUCGAACUCUAACUCCAAUUAUAGUAUGAGUACUGAGAAGACGGAACUCCUGUCUCCGGACACGUGCUCUACAUUCAGCUGUUCUAAUGAAGACAAUAAGCUAUUGGAACUGUUAGAUGACGUCAAUCCACCGGUAAUACCCCCGCGAACCGGCAAUUGGAGGGAAACUAGUUUUUCUGAUCAAAACCCAAACCAGAAAACCCUAAUCGAUUCGUCCACCGCUCGAAGUAAUGGUAUUAAAUCGGAUCUCAUGGCUAAUACUCCGACCUCACAGUCGUUGAUAUUAGACGCGACCACUCUUUUGCAACAGCCGUCGCGUUAUGUUAACGUUGGUAUCAAUGACUCGACCGAUACUCUCAACUCAAACAACGUUAGAGUUAACGGACAACAAAUCAAUUGU